UCCACUGCCACGCGUGCUCCGUGCCGUAGAAACCGAGCACGGAUCAGUGCCCGCUGCCAUCGCGAUAAAUCCACGGGUCAUCGAUGUGGACUCCUUUAUAUUUGGGGCGGGAAAAAACCUAAAACUGGCUACUAGAGAAUCUAAAAAGUCGCGCCGGGAAAACAAUUAAAUCGUACACUGAAUUCCCCUCAUCCAGUGUUUGCAGAAAAAGCCAAGAAACACGAUUUUAUUAACAUUAUUACUAAGAAAAAUUAUAUUUAUAAGGUGUAAUAUCUGAAAGCUUAAUUUAACGUAUUUUUUUCUAAAAAUAUUUUCAUUGCCCUUUUAUUUUUGUUUUUCAACUUCUUUUUGUGUGGUCUUUGUUUUCGCCCCUUUGUUCGGGCGUUGUGCAACACUGGCACGCUGAGUACUUGACAACACUAGCAACAGCAACGCUAAUAUCGCAAAAAGUAAUUUUGUGAAGAAAAAUCGGGUUUUACGUAGCAAUAACUAAACAAAAGAGAACGAUUAAAAUGCCCAAGGGACGCGUAAGCAAUGUGUGGCAGCACUACGAUAUUAACGAGGAGUGCGAAAACUUUGCGAUAUGCCGCUACUGCGGCAACAAUAUAUCGCGUGGUGGCAUGGCCAGCAAUUUGAAGGGCAACAAUACCACUAAUUUGUGGACGCAUCUGCGCCACAAGCACAGCGACGAGGUCCUGGUCAGUCCGGUGCAGCAGCGCACACCAACUCGGAUGAUCCCGAUCAUAAAGAAAGAGAAAACCGUGCGGAUAACCAAGGCCAAGACGGUACGGGAGCCACUGCGCGUGGCCAAGCCGAAGAUCGAUUCCAGUGUCGCCAGCUAUCUGGGCGAAGCUGGGGCCCUGCCGCAGAAGUGGGAGGAGUACGAGCAGAACGAUGAGAUCGGCGAGGACAUCAAGGACAUCAUCUACAGCGAGGAUCCCCUGUGCUACAGUCCCAUACACGUGAUGGACGAGGAGGGCGGCGUAGAGGAGAAGCAGGUCACCGUGCUGAGCCACUCGGGUGCCGGCGGCGGGAGCAGCAGCAGGGCCAAUGCAGCAGCGUCUCAGGGGGUCCAGGCCACUGUGGUGGCCUCCACCUCGAGCAACAACUCGGCCAAGCAGCUGAAAAACAACCUGGAGACGUCCAUCGACCGACUGACCACCGUCAGCGAGCAGCUCAGCUAUAUCAUCCAGCAGAACCACGAGGAACAGACCAAGGACGACGACUACUACUUCGCUUUGAGCUUGGUGCCCGUCAUGCGUCACUUGUCGCUGAAUCGCAAACUGUACGUGCGCUCCAAGAUCCAGGAGAUACUCUUCAAGGAGAGCGAGGAAUCGACGCCAGCCAAGGAUGAGUAGGCGCCGGCAUAACAUACAUUUACCCAGAGGAUUAAGAAAACGAGGAUCGGAAACAACAGGGCAUCUGCAUUGCAUGCCGCUGAUUAGGUUAAAUAUCUAUACAUAUGUUAUGUAUUCAAUUAAUUUAUGCGCUUUCUAACAAGUGCAAAGACUUUGAUUAUUCAAUUUUUAUUCAUUCUUUACUUUUACCCAAAUGCAAAACCGAAAUAAAGCUGUACAACAUAGUAAGAAAAA